AUGGCUCCUACUAAAGUUGGUAUCAACGGUUUCGGACGUAUCGGACGUAUCGUCUUCAGAAAUGCUAUCGAGCAUGAUGACAUCGAUAUCGUCGCUGUCAACGAUCCUUUCAUUGAGACUGAAUAUGCCGCAUACAUGUUGAAAUAUGACUCCACUCACGGUCAAUUCAAGGGUGAUAUCAAAGUCCUCUCCGACGGAUUGGAGGUUAAUGGCAAGAAAGUCAAGUUCUACACUGAGAGAGACCCUGCCAACAUCCCAUGGGCUGAGUCUGAGGCAUACUACGUUGUCGAGUCCACCGGUGUUUUCACCACCACCGAGAAGGCUAAGGCACAUUUGAAGGGUGGUGCCAAGAAGGUUGUCAUCUCUGCUCCUUCCGCCGAUGCCCCAAUGUACGUCAUGGGUGUCAACAACGAGACCUACAAUGGUGAAGCAGAUGUUAUCUCCAACGCUUCUUGCACAACCAACUGCUUGGCUCCUCUCGCCAAGGUCAUCAACGAUGAGUUCACCAUCAUUGAAGGUUUGAUGACCACCAUUCACUCCUACACUGCCACCCAAAAGACCGUUGAUGGUCCAUCCGCUAAGGAUUGGCGUGGAGGACGUACCGCUGCUCAAAACAUCAUUCCAUCGAGCACCGGUGCCGCCAAGGCCGUCGGAAAGGUCAUUCCAGAGCUUAACGGCAAGCUCACCGGAAUGUCUAUGCGUGUUCCAACUGCCAACGUCUCUGUUGUUGACUUGACUGUCCGCAUUGAGAAGGCUGCUUCUUAUGAUGAGAUCAAGGAGGUCAUCAAGAAGGCCGCCAAUGGUCCUCUCAAGGGCAUAUUGGCUUACACCGAGGACGAUGUUGUCUCCACUGACAUGAACGGUGACAACCACUCCUCCAUCUUCGAUGCCAAGGCCGGUAUCUCCCUCAACAAGAACUUCGUCAAGUUGGUUUCCUGGUACGACAACGAGUGGGGUUACUCUCGUCGUGUCCUUGACCUCCUCCACUACAUCUCCAAGGUUGAUAACAAGCAGUAG